AUGAUGAGAAACCAAACAAUAACAACCUUCAUUCUCCUUGGACUGACAGAUGACCCUCAACUUCAGAUUCCAAUUUUUAUGUUUCUGUUUCUCACUUACAUGUUGAGUGUAACUGGGAAUCUGGCCAUCAUAUCCCUCACUUUAGUGGACUCUCACCUGAAAACCCCCAUGUACUUCUUCCUACAGAAUUUUGCCUUUUUAGAAAUUUCAUUUACAUCUGCUUGUAUCCCUAGGUAUUUGUACAACAUAGCCACAGGGGACCGGUCAAUUACUUAUAAUAUUUGUGUUAUUCAAGUGUUUUUUAUUGGUGCACUUGGAGUGACCGAAUUUUAUCUCUUGGCUACCAUGUCCUAUGACCGCUACGUGGCCAUCUGCAAACCCCUGCAUUAUGUGGCCAUCAUGAACAGCAGAGUGUGCGGAAGGCUUGUCCUCUGUUGCUGGACAGCUGGAAUGCUGAUCAUACUCCCACCACUUAUCAUGAUAGUAAACCUCGAAUUCUGUGACUCUAAUGCAAUUGAUUAUUUUUUCUGUGAUGCAUCUCCUAUCUUAAAGAUUUCAUGCUCAGACACUUGGCUUUUGGAGCAGAUGGUGAUAGCCUGUGCUGUGCUGGCCUUCAUCACAACACUUUUGUGUGUUGUUCUGUCCUAUGUAUACAUUCUCAAGACCAUUCUAAGGUUCCCCUCUGCCCAGCAAAGGAAAAGGGCCUUUUCUACCUGUUCUUCUCACAUGAUCGUGGUUUCCAUCACCUAUGGCAGCUGCAUUUUCAUCUACAUCAAGCCUUCAGCAAAGGAAUCCGUGGCUAUUAAUAAGGCUGUGACAGUGCUCAUGACCUCCAUCGCCCCCAUGCUGAACCCUUUCAUCUACACUCUGAGAAACAAACAAGUGAGACGAGCCUUCAGGGACUCAUUCAAAAGAAUCACAUUCCCCUCAAAGAAGUAA